AUGAAUACAGAGCUCUAUACUAAGGGUGCGAGUGUGUGGGUGCCAGACCCCGAGACAGUGUGGGCGUCGGCCAGCCUCCUGCAGGACUUCAGCCCGGGUGACGGACAGCUCCUGCUGCAGCUCAGCGAUGGCAGGGAGGUGCAGUACCCGCUGUCGCCCCCUGCUGGCCUCCCGCCGCUAGGGAACCCUGAUAUUUUGGAGGGGGAGAACGACCUGACUGCUCUCACCUUCCUCCAUGAGCCAGCGGUCCUGCACAACCUGCGUGUGCGUUUCCUCGACUACAGCAGCAUCUACACCUACUGUGGGAUUGUGCUCGUGGCCCUCAACCCGUACGAGCAGCUUCCCAUCUACGGCGAGGAGGUGAUCGAUGCCUACAGCGGGCAGGACAUGGCCGACAUGGAGCCCCACAUCUUCUCUGUGGCGGAGGAGGCCUACCGGACCAUGAUAAGGGAGCAGAAGAACCAGUCCAUCAUCAUCAGCGGGGAGUCGGGAUCGGGGAAGACCGUCUCGGCCAAGUUCACCAUGCGUUACUUCGCCGUGGUGGGGGGCGCCGCCCAGCAGACCUGCGUGGAGGAGCGAGUGCUGGCGUCCAAUCCCAUCAUGGAGGCUAUCGGGAAUGCUAAGACGACCCGGAAUGACAAUAGCAGCCGCUUCGGAAAGUAUAUUGAGAUUGGCUUUGGGCGUCACGGUGACAUCAUCGGGGCGAACAUGAGGACCUACCUGUUGGAGAAAUCCCGUGUCGUCUUCCAGGCCCCAGAGGAGAGGAAUUAUCAUAUCUUCUAUCAGCUGUGCGCUGGCAGAGACCUGCCGGAAAUGAGAAUCCUCAAGCUGGACGCGGCCGAGCAGUUCCGCUACACUAACCAGGGCCGGGAGACGAGGAUUCCGGGCACAGACGACACGGCCGACCUGGAACGCACGCGCCACGCGCUCACCGUCCUGGGUGUGGGGGCUGACCAGCAGAUGGAGCUGUUCCGGAUCCUGGCGGCCGUCCUGCACCUUGGGAACGUCAGCAUCCAGGCCAGCGGGAGAGGGGGCGACCGGAGCUUCAUCGACGCGGAGGACCGGGCCCUGGCGGUGUUCUGCAGGCUGCUGGGCGUGGAGCGGGGCCAGAUGGCGCACUGGCUGUGUCACCGGCGGCUGGCCGUGGGGGCGGAGGUCCUGGUCAAGCCCGUGUCGGGGCAGCAGGCAGCGGAGGCCCGAGACGCCCUGGCCAAGAGCGUGUACGGCCAGCUGUUCGCCUGGGUCGUCCGGAGGCUCAACACCGCGCUCCGCGCGCAGAGGGAGCGGCCCCGGUCCUUCAUCGGAGUCCUCGACAUCUACGGGUUUGAGACAUUUGACAGGAACAGCUUUGAGCAGUUCUGCAUAAACUACGCCAACGAGAAACUGCAGCAGCAGUUUAACCUGCACGUGUUCCAGUUGGAGCAGGAGGAGUACGAGAGGGAGGGCCUGCCCUGGAGCCGGAUAGAGUUCAGCGAUAACCAGCCCUGCAUCGCUCUGAUCGAGGGGGCGCUGGGGCUGCUGGACCUGCUGGAUGAGGAGUGCAGGAUGCCGAAAGGCUCAGAUGAAAGCUGGGCCCGGAAACUGUACGACCAGCACCAGAACCACAGCCCCAAUCCCCACUUCAGCAAACCACGCAUGUCCAACACAGGAUUCAUCAUCCGACACUUUGCUGACAUGGUUCAGUACGAGUGUGACGGGUUUCUGGAUAAGAACCGGGACACAGUGUUUGAGGAGCCAAUCAAUAUCUUACGAGCGAGCCAGUCAGAACUGGUGGCUGAGCUCUUUCAGCAGGAGCCAGCAGGGGGCGCCCUCUCCCAGGCCAGUGUGCCGAACGGCAGCCUGCGCUCUGGGAAGAGAGCCCACAGAGAGCACAAGCUGACCGUGGGCUUUCAGUUCCGCCAGUCCCUGCAGCUGCUGAUGGAAACCCUGAACUCCACCACUCCUCACUACGUACGCUGUAUCAAACCCAACGACCUCAAACAGCCUUUCCUGUUUGACCCUAAGCGGGCGGUGCAGCAGCUGAGGGCGUGUGGAGUGCUGGAGACCAUCCGGAUCAGUGCUGCCGGAUACCCGUCCAGGUGGACGUACACGGAGUUCUUUAACCGGUACCGGGUGUUGCUGCGGGGGUCAUGUGACCCGGAGGAGCUGGAGGCCAGCUGUCAGCGGGCUCUGACCGCGCUCAUUGCCGACCCGGAGCAGUACUGCUUGGGCAGGACCAAGGUGUUCUUCCGGGCGGGGCAGGUGGCUCUGCUGGAGAAGCUGAGGGCGGAAAGGCUGUGGUGGGCCGGGGCGGUGGUGCAGAGCUGGGUUCGGGGCUGGCUGGCCCGGGUGUGGUACCGCAGGCUCCGCAGGGCCGCCCUCACCCUGCAGAGGUACACCAGAGGAGGCCUGGCCCGCAGGGCGGCACACGCCCUGCGCUGCACGCGGGCGGCGCUGGUGAUUCAGAAGACGUGCCGCAUGCUGGCCGUCAGACAGAUGUACCUGCUGAUCCGCCAAGCCACCGUCACCAUACAAGCCUUCACGCGCGGCACCCUGGCUCGCCGUGCCUACCGACAGGUGUUGUGGGAGCGGGCCGCGGUGGUCCUCCAGGCGUGGGUGCGGGGCUGGCGGGCUCGGCGGGCGUACGGGCGCGUGCGGGCGGCGGUGGUGCUGAUGCAGUCCUGCGCGCGUCGACGAGCCGCCCGCCGUGAGCUGCAGAAGCUGAGGGUGGAGGCACGCUCGGUGGAGAGGUACCGAGAACUCAACAAGGGCAUGGAGGUGAAGCUCAUUCAGCUGCAGCUACGCGCCGACCAGCAGGGCCGGGAGAGCUCGUCCCUGCGGGAGCUCCUGCAGUCUGAGCGCGAGGCCCACGCAGUGGAGCUGUUUCGCCUGAAGGGGGCGCUGCUCAGGGUCCAGGAGCAGGUGAAGGAGCAGACAGCCUCUACGCUGAAGGAGAGGGAGGAAGAGGAGAGCAGGAGGGCAGAGGAGAGGGCUGCCGAGGAGAUUAAACAGCUCAUGCAGGAGGUCCAAGCCCUGCAGGCAGAGAAGAAUUCUGUAGAAGAAGAAAUGAAGGCCCUGAAUAAACAGUUACUGGAGCAGGAGAGAGUGCAGGAGGAGCGUGUGACUCAGACCGUAGCCAGGGCCAGUGAGCAUCUGCAGGAGGAGCUGGAGGAGGAGAGGAGGCGCUAUCAGGGCCUGCUGAAGGAGUUCACCCGUCUAGAGCAGAGAUACGACAACCUGAGAGAGAUGGGCUCUCUGGGAGAGCGUUCUCGGGGACACAGACGGACAGAUUCGGCCCAAAGCCUGGUUCUGGAGCCCCUGUCCCCCGGGCCCCCUCCCUUUUCCGGCCCGCCCUCGUUCUCCGUAUUCGAAGAUGACAGGAGGGUCAGUGUGACCUCGCCCACCUUCGAGAGGAAGCUGUGGGCUCCAGACUCCGCCCUGGAUGGCUUGAUGGGUGCGAUGGGCGUGGCCAAGGACGCGGCUGAGAAGAUGAGAGGAGAGGACCUUAAGCACGCCUACGACGCCGUCCGCGUGGCCAACAAGAUCCUGGAGGACCAGCUGCUAUCCCAGAGGUCUCAGUGGGAGGAGGAGCUGUCUAACCUGCGGCUGAGGGUUCAAAGCCCUAGGGACAGACUGAUAACCUCUGACCAACCUCCCACCCCUGAUCAAGAUUCUGUCAAAUUACUUUUGUCUGACAAUAUUGACCUCAUGGAGCAGCUGGAGAUCAGGGAGCAGGAGUGCCGCAGGCUGAGGAGAGAACUGAAGGAGCUCAGACACACAGUCACACUGAGGAGAGCGCUGACACACACGGGCUCCACCGUGGCCUCUGGACAGGAAGUCCCGUCCUCGUCUCAGAAGAGGGCGGAGUUAACAGGACUACUGGAGUGCAGAAAGAGAGACGAGGCAAAGCUGCUGAAGAACCUCAUCACAGACGUGCGGGUGGACAGCGCCCUCUCGCUGACCCCGGGGCUGGCGGGCGGCGUGCUCUUCCUGUGCGUGCGCCAGGCGGACUGCAGCGGGGACGAAGCGCGGGCGCUCUCUCUGUGUGUCGCUGCCAUCGCCGGCCUCAAGGGGGCGCUCAAGAAACACUGUAAUGAUGUGGACAUGACUGCACUCUGGCUGAAGAACAUCUGCCUGCUGACCGACCUUCUGACCCAACACUCUACCCACCAGGACGGUAACGGCAUCUCAGAGGAGCUGGUUCCCUUGUCCUCGGACCUGAGUGGCCAGCGCCGAACCCUGAGCGACCUCUCCAUUCAGGCCUAUCAGCAGCUGCUGUCAAUCACUGAGAGUCGUCUGCAGCCAAUCAUCGUGCCCUCCAUGUUGGAGAGCGAGUCGAUCCCGGGGCUGGCUCUGUACGUGGGGAAGCCCAGCAGCUCCAGGAAGAGGGCGGGGUCGGACGCCAGGACGGGCGGGGCGGAGCCGGCCUCCAUGGGGGCGGUGCUGAAGGAGCUGGGGGCGCUGCACGCGGCCAUGGCGCGCCAGGCCCUGCCCCUCGGCCUUCUGGGACAGGCCUUCCGCCAGCUCACGCACCUGCUGUCGGCCGCCGCCCUCAACAGCCUGCUGCUGCGCAAGGACCUGUGCAGCUGCAGCCGGGGCCUGCAGAUCAGGUACAAUGUGAGCCAGCUGGAGGAGUGGCUGCGUAGCCGCGGGCUGCAGGCAGGGGGCGCCGUUGCCACUUUAGAGCCUCUCAUCCAGGCCACCCAGCUGUUGCAAGUCAGCAAAAAGUCUGCGGCAGACGCACAGGCCCUCGUCCGCACGUGCACUGCCCUCUCCAGCCAGCAGAUUGUGAAGAUUCUGGGACUCUACACGCCGGACAGUGACCUCGAGGAGAGGGUGACCCUCAAUUUCAUCCGCAUCGUGCAGGGACUUCUGAAGGAGCGCUCUGAGGGUCAGACUCGCCAGCUACUCCUGGACGUGCGACGCGUGUUCCCCGUCACCUUCCCUCACCUGCCCCCCCCUGCUCUGCGAGCGGACCAGCUGGAUAUCCCAGAGUUCCUCAAGAUUUCUUUCCUACGCAGAGUCUGAGUCGAAUUUCACGAUUUUGGGGCGGUUCGUUUAGCGGACGCUUUUAGCUGAGGCAACUUACGGAAGUUGAAAAAUUGAAGUGACUGUAUCAUGCAGUAAUUCCCUUUUUAUUUUGGCUGGAUUUUCUCAAGUUUGUGCGAUGGCUCAACUUCCCUAUUCUGACUUCACAGCACUGGUCAGUAAUGUUAGCAUUAGCAUUAGCCAUGUUUGGAGUGUGCACUUUCCUAGUGAUGACUGCCUGGGACUGCAAGCAAUUGAAGUAUUUACAUUUCAUAUUAAAUAUUAAGUAUCUGUAGUAAGAUUGCUGCAGAUGUUCAGUCCCAUAAUAUCUAGUAAAAGAAAUGUGUUGGGUUUAGCAGUGGCUGAUUCUGUUCAGGAAGAAAGUACCCUAUUUUUGGAGAUAUGAGACUGAAUGAAUGUCCACUUGAUUUACUUUUCCUCAUAGCGCCAAUCAUUGUCAUUAUUUCUUAACUGUUCUUCAUAGUGUUGUACUGUGUAUAUGAGACAUGGUGCAGACAGUUUACCAACAGAGAUGAUCUUGUGUAUUUUAUAUACCAAAUGGAUCCGUUUACAGAAUGCUGGAAAUACAGUGAGCUCCGUAAUGUUUGGGACAAAGACAAUUUUGUAUUGAUUUGGCUCUGUGCUCCAAAAUUUUGGAUUUGCAAUCAAACAAUUCACAUGUAGUUAAAGUGCACAUUCCCAGCAUUUAUUAAAGGGUAUUUUUGGUUCCUACAUGUAGAGAUUACAACAUUUUUUAUAUGUAUCGAGUACAAUUAUACAGUUCUAAUUAUGGAGUACAGAGCCAAACCAAGAAAAGACAAAUGUCUUCAUCCCAAACAUUAUGGAGUUCCUUGCUUCUGAAAGUAUGCAACAUUACAAUAAUGCCAUGGAGCACACAUGGAACACAACAAUGAAUGUUUAUUGUUUGAGUAUUAUUUGAAAUGAGUUCUGAGAAGACGAAACUGUAAUAGCAGGAGUGACGUUUUUAAAACUCUUUAUUUGGAAGCAGAUACACAGCGAUGCUCCCCUCCCUCCACCUCCGUCCCCAAUAAGAACAACUAUAAUAAAAAAAAUUAUAAACAUCUUUCGUAUAAAAAAAUU